GGUCCUCACCGCGCACGGGCUGUGUAGUCAUGGCCGCUGUGUGGCUGCUGCUCCUGGUCUCUCUGCUGCUGUCACCCCGGGGAGGGGACGCGGCCGGGCUUCCCCAUGGAGACUCCUUCCAAGAAGAGCUGCUCCUCACCCCGCUGCGCUCCGGGGAUAUCGCCGCCACCUUCCAGUUCCGCACCCGCCUGGACUCGGACCUGCGGCAGGAGAGAGUUUCCCACUACAGGUUAUUCCCUAAAGUUCUUGGCCAAGUGAUCUGGAAGUACUCCAUCCAGGAGCUGCAUCUGUCCUUCACGCAGGGGUUCUGGCACACAAGAUCCUGGGGGCAGCCCCUCCUGCAGGCACCUGCCGGGGCCGAGCUCUGGGUCUGGUUUCAGGAGUCUGUCAAAGAUGUGGACAAAAAUUGGAAGGAGCUGACGAACAUCCUCUCGGGAAUCUUCUGCGCCUCGCUAAACUUCAUAGACUCCACUAACACCGUGACUCCGACUGCGUCCUUCAAGCCUCUGGGACUGGCCAAUGUGACAGAUCACCACCUUCUGCGAUAUGCCACCUUACCCAGGGAGAUUGUGUGCACUGAGAACCUGACUCCAUGGAAGAAGCUGCUGCCUUGUGGCUCCAAGGUUGGCCUGGCUUCUCUGUUAGAGGCAGAGCGUCUGUAUCACAGCAGUUACCACUCCCAGUCUGUGCACAUCCGACCAGUUUGUAGAGAUACAGGAUGCUCAGCGGUCUCCUGGGAGUUGAGACAAAUGUUAACUGUGGUGUUUGACAUGUAUACCAACGGACUUGGGAAAAGAGACUGGUCUCUCUUUAAGAUGUUUGCCCGAACAGUAACUGAGCCUUGUCCUCUGGCUACUCAAAGCAAGAUCUAUGUGGAGUCUGGAUAUGACGAGAAUGAGAUUGACCUGUUUGAAGUCACACCAACUUCAGCUUUGGACAUCACGGUUCCUGUCCAUGGAAAUCACAGGGUGUACACGUUGUAUAAUCUUCUAGAACCCGAAUUUUUCAACACCUCUAGAAACGUGAAUGUAGCACUAAAGUGGAAAGGAGGUUCUGAUUCAGGUCACCCCCAGGCCCCCGUCUUCCAUGCUGAUCGUUAUGUUAGUGGCUAUGGCCUUCAGACUGGAGUGAUUAAUACCAUGAUUUAUAACAAUCAUCCAUUCAGGGCCUUUCCUGUCAUGUUUCUGGAGACUGUUCCCUGGUACCUCCGUCUAUACGUCCACACGCUGACCAUAAUUACCAAGGGCAAAGAGAAUAAACCCAGUUAUAUCCACUAUGUGCCAGCCAAGGAUCGCCAGUGCCCCCAUCUCUUAGAGAUGUUAAUCCAACUGCCACCUAAUUCAGUCACUAAGAUAAGCAUCCAGUUUGAGAGGGCGCUGCUGAAGUGGACGGAGUACCCUCCUGACCCUAAUCAUGGAUUCUAUAUCAGUCCUUCAGUACUGAGUGUCCUGAUCCCCAGUGUAAGGAAUGCGAAGACCGAUGAGCUGGAAGCAAGCCCACUCUUCUCCACAAUAUUCCCAUCCUCUGAUGAUUCCGGUUACUUCAUGCGGCUGUACACUGAACCCUUACUGGUGAACCUUCCUACUCCUGACUUCAGCAUGCCCUAUAAUGUCAUCUGUCUGACUUGUACUGUGGUGGCCGUGGGCUACGGCUCUUUCUACAACCUCCUCACCAGGACUUUUCAAGUGGAGGACAAUAAGAAGGGUGGACUGGCCAAGAAGAUAGCCAACAUCAUCCGCAGAUUACGUGGUGUCGCACCUCUAUGAUGAUGGGAUGAAGCCUAUCUUUCUUUUGGCCUAUUUCUACUCAGGCCCAACCAUCAGUUGCCGUGCCAAUCAGUAUCCCUGAAUUCUUGGCUGUCAAGUUAAGAAUUUUACAGGGUUAAAGGGGUUGAGCGAACCUGUUUUUUAAGUU